CGGCACGUCGGCAUUGUCGGCAGGUGAGACUUCGGAUUUCGGAGUUCUGCAGCAGUUUGCAGUGUUUGCACAAAUGCAUAAGCGAUCUGCACUCUGCAGCAGUCGGUAGACAACGAACUGUGAACUGUGUUCUGUGAAAAUUAUUCUUAAUUUGAUUUCGACGCCAGGUGACGUCGGGUUAUCGCUCAUUAUCGUAUAGUCGCAUAAUCUAUCGCGAGCGAAAAUGUUUCAUUUGCGAAAUCUCACGCGGUCGUCGAUUGCCUUGAAGCAAGCAUCGAGUAAUGAUAUGCAGAGAAUCCUGAUGCGUGUCGCACCGGUCGCCUGGCAAGCAGCGGCUUACCGUGGUUAUGCUGAUCAUCAGAUACCUGACCGUCUUAAAGACGUGCCCGAGGCACCGAAUCCUAGAUUCUUCGAUAUGGUAGAAUACUUCUUUCAUCGCGCUUGCCAAAUCAUUGAAGACAAGUUAGUUGAGGACAUUGGCAAGCGAUCACGUGUCCCGAUCGAGGAGCGUAAAAAAAAGGUUAAGGGGAUUCUAAUGUUAAUGGAGCCCUGCGAUCACAUUCUUGAGACCACGUUCCCGCUUAGGCGUGACUCCGGCGACUAUGAAAUGAUUACCGGCUAUCGCGCUCAACACUCCACCCACCGAACGCCCUGUAAAGGAGGUAUUCGCUUCUCGAUGGACGUUUCACGGGAUGAAGUUAAGGCUUUGUCGGCCUUGAUGACAUUUAAAUGUGCGUGCGUCGAUGUACCAUUUGGCGGUGCAAAAGCUGGAAUUAAGAUUAAUCCAAAGAAUUAUUCGGAACACGAACUGGAAAAAAUUACUAGAAGAUUUACGUUGGAAUUAGCAAAGAAGGGAUUUAUCGGUAAGAAUUCAAGCUAAAAAUAAAGAAUAAAAAACAAUAAAGAAUAGCUUUCUUUGACUUUAGCUAAAAGUGCCGAGACUUUGAUGAAGACAUUCUCUGAUGUAAUAGUAU